CUGGCUGAGGUCGUGGAGGAAUUAAAGAAGACAGGACUCAAUCCUCCUCCUGCUCACAGUGAUGCUGGACCUGGAGAUGUGCCGUGUGAUUUCUGCACUGGGAGGAAGUUCAAAGCUGUGAAAUCCUGUUUGACGUGCCUGGCCUCUUACUGUGAAACACAUGUCAAGCCACACAGUGAGGUUACUCCAUUAAAGAGGCACAAGCUGAUCAAUGCAACUGGAAAUCUGGAGCAGAAGCUUUGUGCUGAACACCAAAAGGUUUUGGAGGUCUUCUGUAGAACCGAUCAGACGUGUAUUUGCUUGUUGUGUACACAAGAUGAACACAAGACUCAUAAUACGGUCUCAGCUGAGACAGAAAGGACUGGGAAACAGAAGCAGCUGGGAGAGACACAGACAGAAAUACAACAGAGAAUCCAGGAGAGACUGAAAGAAGUGAAGGAGCUCAAACAGGCUGUGGAGUCACUGAAAAGAUCUGCAUGCAUAGAAAUAAAGGAAAGUGAGAAGAUCUUUACUGAGCUGAUCCGAUCCAUUGAGAAGAUCCACACUGAGGUUAUUGAGCUGAUUGGAGCUAACGAGAAGGCUGCAGUGAAUCAGGCUGAAGGACGCAUGAAGAAACUGGAGCAGGAGAUUGCUGAGCUAAGGAGGAGAAACGCUGAGCUGAAACAGCUUUCAGAGACAGAGGAUCACAUCCAUUUUCUACAGAAUUUCCAGUCUCUCUGUGCCCCUCCUGAAGCUGGAGACUUACCCAGCGUUACUGUCAAUACAGACAUCUCUUUUGGGGCUGUGAGGAAAGCUGUAUCUGAACUUAAAGACCAUAUUGAGGACUUCUGCAAGGGGGGAUUAGUCAAAAUAAGCACAACAGUGAAUGAAGUUGCAGUUUGCAGUCUGCAGGCUCCAGAGCCAAGGAACAGAGCUGAGUUUUUGAAAUGUAAGUCUGUUUUCACUGAAGCAUUUGAUUGAAAGAUGUGUCACUCC